AUGUUCAGCAAUAAGCAGAUCUUUGUGACGCUUUGGGACGGUUAUGCGGAUCAAAUAAUGGAGUAUGAGAGCAGCAAUCGAGGUGAAAAAAAUGUCGUCGUAAUCAUUCAGUUUGGGAAGUACAGAUUCUGGGGAGGGCAUUUGUCUGUUUCAAAUUUGUAUACUGUCACCCGAGUCUUAAUUAACAGUGAUAUUGAUGAGGUUGCUGAGUUUAAACAAAGAUUUAUCGAGAAACUUUCUCCCGAAAUGUCUUCCAGUUAUUCUGGCCUAAGUUCUUCGGUUGCGAAGUCUGCCACUGAAGAAUUUCUUUCUGACCUCACCUUUUUUCCCAUCGGGUCGUUAACCUCAAUAGAUACGACGAGGUUUGUUGUCAUUGUUGGCACUAUCAAGAGUUUUGCAUCGAACAAUGAGUGGUUUUACAACGCGUGCACAAACUGCAACAAAAAGGUUUCAACCGUUACUGUUGUUAAAGAAAAGCAGGAUGGUACUGAUGGUUCUGAAGAGGUUACUGUCUUAGAAUGCAAGACUGAUAUUUGUAAUACAAGGACCGUUACAUCAAUUCCACGAAUUAGGCUUUAUAUACGUGUCCAAGAUUGCACUGGUAUUGUGAGUCUAACAUUGUUUGAGCGUGAGGUGACAAAGCUUUUGAAGGUUAAUGCUAAUCAGCUUUUAGACAACAACAUUGAAGUAUGUAGUAAAUAA